AUGCCUCUUCCUACUCACCUUCCGUCCUCUGGUGACCCUAACGGCCGACCGAUUCCCGCGGAUAUUACACUGAAAAAUCGCAAAUCCCAAGAUCCAGCAAAGAUCUUAUUCAAAAAUGUUAAGAUUCUGGACUCAACUGGGAGAGACCCUUACCUUGGCGACGUUCUUGUAGAUGGGGAACUCAUCUCCCAUGUGGGCAAAAUUGAUGAGUCUCUUCUCCGCCAUGAAGAUACCCUGGUCAUUGAUGGCCGAGGAAAGAAAACAUUGAUGUCUGGUCUCUGUGAUUCCCACACCCAUCUCAGCUGGAACAACUCCCCUACAAUGGAAGGUCUCACGAGUCUUCCUAUCGAAGAACAUGUUCUUCAUACGGCAAACUCGGCCAAAAUGUACCUCGACUGUGGCUACACGAUGUGCUUUGGUGCUGCCGCUGCGCAGCCGCGCCUUGAUAUUGUUGUUAAGGCUGCUGUCCAGUCCGGCAUGAUAGAAGGCCCACGUAUUUUGGCAAAUGGUCAAGAGAUCUCGACAACCGGCGGAGCCAUUGUCCCAAAGGUGACAAAAUUUGCAGAUGGAGUGGAUGGAAUGCGCCGCGCUGUUCGCGAAUUCUGCUACCUCGGAGCCGACAAUCUUAAAAUAAGCAUGACAGGAGAUGAAUUCCAUGACACUAUGCGUGCGGAGACUACCUAUAUCACGCAGGAGGAAACUACUGCGGCUGUGGAGGAAGCACACGGUCGCGGUAAACGCGUUUGCGCACACGCAAGAUCAAAUGAAUCCGUGAAAAAAUGUUGCCGUGCCGGCGUUGACGUCAUUUACCACGCUUCCUUCGCAGAUGACGAAGCGAUAAAAAUGGUUGCUGGUAUGAAAGAUCGUGUUUUCAUUUCUCCUGCGAUCAACUUUCCUUGGGCAAGUGCAAGUGGUGAAGCUACACCUUACGGUUUGACUAUCGAUAUGGCUAUCAAGAAAGGUCUAAAGCGCGAAGUUGAAAUCGCCGCGGAGACCAUGCAGAAAAUGCACGCCAAAGGCAUUCGCAUUCUGCCAGGAGGUGACUAUGGCUUCGCCUGGGCCCCACAUGGUACUUACUCUCGAGACUUGGUCCAUUUCGUCAACAUGUUUGGGUUCACGCCUAUGGAAAGUAUCAUUGCAGCAACGGCAUGGGGUGGUGAAAUCAUGGGUCAUCCAGAUGUCUUGGGCAAAGUUCUUCCUGGAUAUUACGCCGAUCUUAUAUUGGUCGAUGGUGAUCCCCUUGAAGAUCUGAGCUUGUUACAGGACACCAAGAACAUACAUGCUAUCGUCAUCAAUGGUCAUGUCCACAAGAACAGCGAGCAUAGAGCCGAGUUCGCCUGCUCAUCCAAAAUUAUACGCCUUGAAAAGAGCGUACUCAGCGGCGAAAUGAAGGCCAAGGUUUUCCCGGAUGAGGUUUUGAAACUGCAUGAUGCACCUGUCAAUGGACGAUAG